CCUCUUUCGGGGAGGAGACAAGGGAGGGCUGGAGGCCACCGCCGUGCAGCUUCGCUCAGCUCUGGGCACCCAACGCGGAGGCACCUCGGGCGGCUGCGAGCCGUGGUCAGCAGCUCAGCCGGAUCGGAACCCCCCCCCCCCCCAAACUCCCGCCCGCUUCCCCCGCACAAACCCUCCCCUUCAGCGCAGUGCCACGUUUCAAAGCAAAUCCGGACGGGAAAGGGGUGGCCGGGGGGCCUGGUGGAGGAGGAAAGGCUCCUUCUGUAGCAAAUCGCAAGAAGAGGAAAUCCAUUUCCUUAAUACCCUCCCGGUGGCAGCCCCCUUCUUUUUUGUCUAUCCCCCCCCCCUUUUUUUUUCCUGCAAAUGCAUUGAAUGAGCGAGUCGCUUCCAGUACACAAAACCCUUUUGAUGUGCUUGCGCAUACAUAUAUUUAUUUAAGGGUCAGAGGGGUUUCAAAACUAACCCAAGAGGGCCAGCUGUAUUCCAAAACCACAUGCAAAUGCUGCAAAGUUUCGUAGUUGUACUUUAAAAAAAAAAAAGUCACUGAGGUUGCAUCUCUGUCAGGGUUUCUCCCCGCAGCUGGUUGUUUUCGGGGUGCUGGUGCCUGCGGUUGCAUGCUGGGAACCCCGUCCCAGAGAGGUGGUACCCGGGCUCGCUGCUGCGAGGGCUUUUGGUUGACACGAUGCUCCGAGGGCGGUUUUGGAAUGCGAUGCGAUGAACCCCCCCGCCCCGUGGAGGUGGCGGCAGGGUGGGUUUUGUGGUGUUUCUGAUUUUUUUUUUUUUUUUUUAUAUUUUUUUAAUUAAAUCUCCCCUGGUUGCUGAGAGGCAGCCGUUUCCUGCUGGUGCCACCGCUCUCCCGGCAGACCUCGGGGGGGGGGACGGUGCUCACCGUGCCGGGCUGGCUUUCGGUGCUCUUCCCUCUGCGCCGCCGGGCUGCGUCCCUGCUUGGUAGCAUGUGCCCUCGUCUUCCCCUCGGCAUGGGGUUUAGGACAACUUUUUUGGUCCUUGUGGUUAUUUUAUUUUAUUUAUUUUAUUUUAUUUUAUUUAUUCCUUCUGCUUGCUUUUCACCUGGAGGAGAAAUCGGGCUCUGCUCUUCCCCAGCCCUCCAAACCAUCCAUUCCCAUUUGCACCACCUCUACAGUGAGUUUUGGUGGCAGCUCGGGUAUUUCUACCUUUCGACACCUUUUCAGCAUCUCCUCUGCGAUGGUGGGGAGGACAUGUCCCCAUCCCUUCUCCUCCUCCUCCUCCCUGCCCUGCUUCCCAGCUUCCCACCCCGCCGCCGGGCUCCCAUCUUCCCUGAUGCCGGUGGCCACGGCUGAGCCCCAGCGGAAACAUCCGAAUCCUGCUCACAAUAGGCCGUUUCCUGCAGGGGAGGUUUCUUUGCGGAGGCAAAAACGGGAUUUUUAACCUUUUCCCAGGCGGUCCCUGGGAGUUGAGUGCUUGCUCGCUCCUGCACCCUGCUCGCGGUGAUGCUCGAGGGCUGCCACGGGUCUCCCCGUCCCCAAGCGCGGCGCGACGUAAGCCUUGAGCAUCCUUCUGGGCGCGCAACUUCUUCCCUAUCCGAACGGAUCAAUGGGCUCCACCAGCCCGGUAAUUUCUCCGCGGCAGGGAGAAGGUACCGGUCGCGAUGGAAAUACCGUUUGCAUCUCACUUGAUGCCCGGCUUCGCUGCCGCCUGCGUCGCUAAUGCCAUCCUGGCUCCAGGGAGGGGAUUUGAGGGCACAGAGCGUGGCACGAGGCUGCUGGUCCGUGUUACGGGUUACAGCCAAGACUGCCUUCCUGUUUAUCUUACCUCAGUAUAAUGUUAGUGUGCCUACAGCAGAUGGGGAGCUGGUCCAGUAUCACUAUGGGCUGACGGAUCUGGUCACCAUCCUCUUCUACAUCUUCAUUGCCAUCAUCCUGCAUGCGGUGGUGCAGGAGUACGCCCUGGACAAAAUCAACAGGCGUCUCCAUCUCUCCAAGGUCAAACACAGCAAGUUCAAUGAAUCAGGACAGCUGGUUGCCUUCCACCUCACCUCCGUGAUUUGGUGCUUAUACGUCGUGGUGACGGAAGGAUACAUAUCAAACCCCCGAAGUUUGUGGGAAAACUACCCUCAUGUUUAUCUUCCGUUCCAGGUGAAGUUUUUCUACCUGUGCCAGCUGGCGUACUGGCUGCAUGCCCUGCCGGAGCUCUACUUCCAAAAAGUCCGCAAGGAGGAGAUUCCCCGCCAGCUGCGGUGCAUCGCGCUCUACCUGGUGCACAUCGCCGGCGCGUACCUCCUCAACUUAACCCGCUUGGGGCUGAUCCUCUUGCUGUUGCAGUACUUAGCCGAAUUCUUCUUCCACAUGGCCCGGCUGGUCUACUUCACGGAUGAGAACAACGAGAAGCUGUUUAAUGUCUGGGCUGUCGUGUUCGUGGUCACCAGGCUCUUCACCCUCACCUUGUACAUCCUGGUCAUCGGCUUCGGGCUGCCACGGGUGGAGAACCAGGCCCUCGACCCCGAGAGAGGGAACUUCUUCAGCUUUCUCUUCAACAAUAUCCUCUUCAGAAUGAGUGUGCUGCUGUUGGUGUGCCUCUUCCAGGCUUCGGUGAUGUGGCGCUUCAUCCACUUCCAGCUGCGGCGCUGGCGGGAGUACUGGAACGAGCAGAGCAGUCGGAAGCGAGCCGCUGCCGCCGCCGGCACCAAGCAGCAAGCCAAGCCGCUCAAGAGGGACUCGGGUUACCAUGAAAACGGAGUGGUGAAAGCAGAGAACGGCACCUCACCGCGAACCAAGAAGCUGAAAUCACCGUAGAAGCAAAGGCUUUGGCUCCUGGGGAGGAGGGCGAGAUACCGGGACUCAGAAGCAGCCCCUCCUCCCGGUCCUCACGAGCGUCGUCUUGGAACAACUUGGAAACCGGUCAUCUUCCCAAGGUGUCUCUCGCUCUCCUCCCUUCCUUUCUUGCUCUCUUGAACCGUUUGCAAUAAAACCAAAAAGGACCCUUUCCCUGCUCCCUUCCCCUCGUAGGAGCCUUUUCCAACCCUCCUGGUUUUGCCUUCCUCUGUUUCAUCGUAAAUCAGUGUGCAAUUUUUUUUCUUUUCUACUUUAGUGUUUGGUUAUUUUGGAUUAUUGUUACAAAUGCAUCGUAGGUGGUUCCGAACAAUCCUUUUUAAUUCUACAGCAUGUUCCUCCCCUCUCUCCAUGGUGCUUUCCCUGAGCCCUGGGGUCAGGGCCACAGCAGCUUGAAGGCACCACAUGUCUGUUAUGGGAACAGGCUCCUGGGGGAAUGCGCUGGGGCUCCGUGACCCUGAGGCUCGGGGAUGCUCUCGGGCAAGAGUUGCCUCUCCUGGGGCACAUCUGGCCAACGCUUGGCAAGUGCCACAAGCUGGUGGUGCUGCAAAUAGAGACCAGGGUCUGAGGGAGGAACCUCAGCUGUGUCUUGUCUCAUGGUGGACUUCUGGUUAAGUGGGGUUCCUCUGGGCCCUGGUUUUGAGCUAGUUUUGGAGAGCCGGGCAGCGGAGAAGGGAGAGAUGUUCCUCUUCCUAUAGGACCCACCUUCUAGCCUUUGCUUGCCCCAGCAUUUCUGGUACAGCUGGGUCCCUCUUACCCUCUUGGCUGCAGGAGGUGAGCUGCCCCAUAGUUGUUCUGGACCUCGCAGCCCCCGAGAGCUGGGCUCGGGGCUCUGCAGCUCGCAGUGCCUUGUCGUGGGGCAGCAGCAUCCUCGGGUCCACGUGAAAUCUUGAGUCCUGCCCCGCUCUGAGUGCUGGCCGGGCUCCUGUCAGCCCAGGCCCUUUGCCAGCUUGCGUGUGCCUCGUGGACCUGGUGUUCUCAUGGCUCGUGACCACGUCCAGAUGAGCAAACUGGCUGUUGCAAAGGGUUUCACAUCAAUGGGACUGUGCCCCUCAUGCUGUCGCCUUAGCUUUCCUCAUCCCUACCGUACCAGUGCAGCCGUACCAUCGGCAGCCACCAGCUUCACUCUUUGUUUCCAAAGGAUACAGAGCUUGUAUCCACCCAAGGUGCUAUCAAAUGCAGGGUUUCUUCCAAAAAACCUAGCCCCUUCAUCCCUUUCUGAGCUGUGAAUGAGAUGACAGGGAAGGGGAAGGAAGCCGGGGCUGCAAGGGAGCAGCUUGCAUGUUAGGAAAAGCCUGACCUGUGACGCAUAGCUGUUGGCAGAUGGAGUUGUCUCAAAUCUACCUCAGAGGCCAUCUGUUGCCGCAGACCACUUUUCCUCUCGCUCCUGCCCGCUGCCACCUGUACGUGCUGGCAGGAGAUUCGUGGGAACUCCAGAUCCCACCGGCUCGGUCCCCAUGCUGCCUCUUUGCUGGGGAGCAGCAUCUCCUGCCCAGGGUUUCGUGGGUCAGUGCCAGCUCUCCGAGCUUCUUUAGGGUGCCGUGCACCGGUCUAGAUUUGGUAGGCGUGCAGUAGAUGGGCACCUCUCACCCCACAGCUCUCCUCUGGGGCAGUUUCUGUAGCUUGGCUUUGCUGUUGGUGCCUCUCGUGCAGCAAAGCCGGCUGUAGCUUUAGUUCUGCUUUGCCGCAGCAGGAGCAGGCGAGCGGUGUGCUCUCUUGGCUGGGCGAGAAGAGGGGGCAGAGGGUUGGGGGAAGCUGGGGUGCUCUUCGAUAUGCAAGCCAGGAUUGAGGUCCACCUUCCUUGCGGGUGAGGGACACGUGUGGUCCUUAGCGUGCCCCUUGCUCAGCCCUUCGGGCGGCUGAUCGCUGGCUCUCUCCAAGUGCAAUUCUAGCUUGAGGCUGGCGCGGUCAUCUUCUGCAUCGUUUGUGUUUUGGGGAAACGGGUGGCAGUUGAUUUUCUGCCCCUUUUUGAGUUGGGUUGGGUUUUUUUCCUCCUUCUGUAGGUGUCUUUUUUCCUUUCCUCCCUCUCUCCUUGUUGAGCCCCAGCUAAUGCUGGGCACCGGAGGGAGAAAAUGUGCAGGGACACGAGGACAGUUGAUCAAAUUCCACUUGUUCCUCCAGCCUCGUGACCUCUGAGCGUCAAAUGAGAGAUAUUGGCAGGAGAGGGAUCUCCCCUUUUUCAGGGGAACUGGGAAAGGAGACUUUGGAGCAGAGCCUUUGGUGGUAUCUUGCAAUUGCUCCUCAUAGCCCUUGCCGGGUAGAUAAUACACAUUUUGGCUCAAACAGAGGCAGCGACAGUACCCGCGGUGCAACGUGAUCGAAGGGGGAAAAGAGCUUUAUGUUAGGGAGUAUGUGGAAAAGGUCUAGUGUGAGAGGUUUUUCCUUUCUGCUGCCUCUUCUCAUCCCCAGCCAUCCGCUGCCACGUGCCCUCCGAGAGCGACUGCUGGCCGGCAUCUCUCCAGAGCCUCAGCCGGUCCUUUCUGCAAAGCCGUUGCCUCGCAGCAGCCGAGGUACUGACUCUGUUAACAGGUGACACAUACAGUCCCCCCAAAAACUGGCUGCUGAAUGAUUCCUCCUCCUGCCUGCUUCGCUUCAGGCAGCUUUUCCACUUGCACAAUCCUGCGUCUUCAUCCAGUAGCUAAUUAUGCUUUGUAUCCCAAGUGCCUUAUGUUGCCAUGUAGUCUCUCGUACGCUUGAUCUGUGUACUAUAUCAGUAGCUGAACGCCCUCCCUCUUUACAACGUAUGUACAACAUAUGCAACAUUUAUGUGUUUUUUGUUUUCUUUUUGAUAGAGCUACCAGUAAAAGGGACAGUUUGUUUUCGAAGCGUUUCCAUGUGUUCUUUUUUUUUUUUCUUUUUUUUCUUUAAACCUAUAGAUGAUGGGGCUUUUUUUGCCCUCCCCUAUAUUUAGUCCUCAGAAAUCCCCAUCCUUCUCCUGUUAUACCCAAACGUGGCAGGAUUUUUUUUUUGAGCUGAGCCUUUGUUGUAAGGCAAUAUGCGCUGUCAUCCCAGAGGUUUGCAAUCCACCCUCCGUUGGAGGGGGUGCCGCAGGCUGCUUCUGUCUCUUGUCUUCUAGUGUGAGCAUCAUCCCUCGGCUGCAAGCCCGCAGUAACUGCUUCUACGUCCAUGUCAUUUCUCAGCAGACCAAGCCUUCUCUUUAGCCCAAAGAGCUUUUUCUUUCCCAAACGGAGUAUUUUCAUUGCAAGCCCUUAGUGGUCAGUCUUUUGUUGACCGCUCUGCGUACAAAGAUGCCGCAAGCUCACUUUCCUCGAGUGGAUGCUCUUCUCAUGCCCCAUCUUGUCAAACCUUGUGUCUUCUGCCAGAAAGACCCAGCCCCAAACAGGAACUCUUGUCCACCACAGUGCAGAAGGUGUUAAGAGACUAUGGAAAACUUCAAGUCUUUACUUCAGUGUAACGCUAUUGCUUGUACCUUUCCUGUGGGCUUGAGGCUGCUUUUGUAGUCUGUGUCCAUUAUGCAACCUAAGAAGGUCGGGGAUUGAGUAGUCUGUGAUUUUUGGUGUGAAGCAUACUGUUUUCCUGCCCUAGCCCAGAAGGGCUGUGAAAUACCAGCAGUAGUUCUCUCUUUUUGUCUUAGAUAGUUGGGGAAUGGGCUUGGGAAGAGAAAGGGGUGGAGGAAGAACAGAUGUAGCAUUUCACAUAUAAUUUUUGAGUGACUUAUGUUAUGGGGCAUUACAGUUGCAUGGUUGGUUUGUUGUUUUUUGGGGUUUUUUUUGUUUAGGAUUCUUUUUUCUGACUCACCAUAUUUGGGUUAGUAGUAAAGAAGACAAGUUCCAGUUCCCCUGUAGGUCCCCUUACCCUUAAAUGAGCAUUUUAAAAUAUAUUUUUGGUAGCCUUCCUGGUUGGAGGGAAGAACACCUACUCUAGGAUGCCUGCCCCUUGCCUCCAAGUGACUCGAAGCCUGUAGCUACCCUGCCUUUGCUGCAGUGCGGGCGGUUUUACAGCAGCCUCUGUCUCUUGCCUUAAAUGAAGUCUUGGUAGAUGGACCCUGACUUGCAUCAACAGUAGGUGGAGUUUAUGGGGUUUGAUUUACAGCCUUCUGGUAAACUUCGUGAGUGUGUAAUAGAUGGUUUGGCAGGCUUUAUACUCAAACUGUGAAGUUUGUUACUUUGCCUUGGGGCUGUGUGGGGGCUUUUGCUGGCAGCAGGGAAGGGUGGCUGUUGUAAAAGCCAGGCAGAGGCACGUAGUUUUUCUUCAAUUAUGCUGAACUCGAUGGACCAAACCAGCAAAGGAACUUGAGGAAAAUUUCUGUUCUUCCAUAUUUAUGCUUUAGUGCAAAUUUCCUAAUUUUGGAGGGGGUGGGGGAAAGUAACAGUCUCUGAUAUUUUAUCCCGUUUGUUUCAUUCUUCCUGUCAACUUAAGUUUUUGUACGGAUUGUUUGUUGUUGUUUGUUGUUAAAUGACUUUUGUGGUAAACUCAACAAAAGUAUUUUUCUGAAAUAAAUAAAUAAAAGGCAUAGAUUCUUCCA